AGAAAGUGACUUCUCAAACAAUAAACUUAAUUGAUUAAGGGUAUCAAUAUAAUAAACCAUCGUGAAUGUUAACGUAAGGGCGCCACAUAAGAAAGUGACUUCUCAAAUAAUAUUAUAGAGAUAUAACAUAUAUUUUAUAAAAAAAUUGAUUAUAUUUAGAAAAAAAAUGAAAACCUAUUAUUCAACAAUUAGACAAUUUAAAUAGAAAUUUUAUAUAUUUACAGAUUUAAAGUACCUAUAAAGAUGAUACCAAUUAUUUUUUUUCAUAUAUUUAAAUAAUUAUGUAUAUUUCAAUUUCAAUAUAUAUAUAUAUAUAUAUGUAAAGUGACAAUAAAAGAUUUUUUUUACCUCUUUUAUUGAACUUCUUUUGAUCAUUUUCUUCUUUGUGGGUUCUUUUGGUAAAAAAAAUUAUUUUACAUUGAUUUGAGAGAAUUGACCUAAUUUUAAUUUAGUUCACAACUAAUUUUCAGUUACACAUAUUUGUUUACAUGAAUUUUGAUGAGACUUAAAGUGAAUACAUUGCAGGUGGGUUUUAUGUUUGAAAUUAUAGUGAAGUAUUGAUAAAACUUUCCUUACAAAGUUUAAUUCCAUUUGAAAAUUAAUAAAUAGCUUUUCGCCUAUUCUUAGUUUCCAAAACUAACUUUUCUAAAAAAAAUAAUUAAAACCUUUAUUUUAAAGAUAAUAGUAACUUAUAAGGCAACAAACUGCUCAAAAAUCCUAACAAAAAUAAAAAAAUAAUGGUAGCUAAUUCGCAUUAGGGAAGUGAUUCUAGAUACUAAUAUCGUAUAAAACCAUUAUAAUAAAACAAAUCGAGUAUAUGAAAAUAUUUUGUGGUUGUGGGGGUGGGUCAAUCUAUUUGGAAAAGGAAAAUAAGAUGUUUCGGAUAGAGAUACUUGACAAGUCGGCUCAUCCUUGCUUUAUAUAUAAGUACACUCUCAGUGCUUUCUUUGAAACCAAAAGAUAAAUUAUCAUCAAGCUACCAAGGUACGUUAAGACUUUCAGUGCAUUAAUUCUUGCGCACAUCCAGUUGUUUUUGGCGUAUGCAUUAGUUUGAUUCUGUUGAAACCGUGUUUCUAGGGUUUUGUUGUCAAGCAUCUUCUAACUGAUCCAGAAGGAUUUAAUAUGGCUCAUCCAAGGGACUUAAAGUUCUCUCCGAUUGACCAGAAUUUGGUGGGGUAUUAUCUACGCAACAGAGUGGAUACAGGAAAAGAUGGUUUCAUCACAGAUAUCAAACUUUAUGAAGACGAGCCGUGGCUUCUUCCGCACGUCAAGAAUGAUCAAUUCAAAGAGAACAUGUGGUUUUACUUUGUUCUAAGGACACGUAAUUUGGGGAGCAGGCCCAAACGCACGGUUCCCGGUAGAGGAAGCAGUAACGGCGGAACUUGGACGACAAGUGGCGUAAAGAAGGCGAUCACUGACCGUAACAACCCCAAGGUUGUGAUCGGAUACAAAACAGAACUCGCGUACCACAAGAAAGUCAAGGGAAAGCUUAAAGGAGACACCACUGGUUGGUGUAUGACGGAGUAUUGGCUUGCAAGUGAGAACGAUGCUCAGUUCCAAGAAGUAGUCUUGUGUCAUCUCCGUGACAAUAACAAGAUGGUCGUUGACCAGCCACCAGAGAGCAAAAACGGAGACAAUGACAUCGCCACAGAGCAGCCUCAACAAGGGAACAGCGAUGACAACAACAAUAGACUCCUUGACUUCACUCAUCAACAGCGGCCACUGAUUCCUCCUUUUGAAGGACAGGGAUUGAGACUUCAAACCAUUAUGGGAUAUUCUGAUAAGGCCACUCAAGAACAACAACAUCCACCGAUUUAUCCUCCUCCUCAACGUCAAGAUUCCGGAAGCAUAAACAACGCACUUGUAAUCAUGGAAGAUGAGUGUGUUAGCCAAGAUGAAAUAUUCAAUCUAGCUGACCUGGAAGCCGGCAUCACUCAUCCACAACAACAACAUCGUCAGAUGAUGGUGGAUCCUUAUGAUGAUAUAUCUUUCUCAAGAUUGGCAAUGCCGAACAACCUGAUUUACCAUCAUGAAGACUCAUGGCAUCAAGAUACCUCUCCAUGGAACAACACCAAUCCUCGUGGACUCAUAUUCAAUUCUCAUGGAUAUGAGAUCCAAGAUCAAACUGUCACCAAGGGACACAAUCAAGAUUCAUAUUAUUAGCCGACAUUUUCUUCUGAUGCAACACAAGAGCAAAUAAAGUAGUCAAACAUAGGAAACAUGUAUAGUUCGUUUGGUUAUGGUUAUGGUUAUUAUCUCUAGAUUUUUUAAUGAGAUUUAUCUCAUCAUUAAAAGUUUGUAAGUGAUCUUUGUGUUUGAUUAAACCGAUCCAAACACCCUUUUAUUGAAAUAAAAUUUUUUAAAG